GCUCGGAUAGGAGCUGUUAGUGACCCACGAACCCCGCGAGGGUGUCGUAUUGUCCCUCGUGCAUUACGCGACACGAUGAGAGCGGUCCUUGCACCGGCCUUGAUCUUACUCUAUUCCGAUGGCUAGAUACCUAUAUGGGGCUGCGGAGAUAAGGAGUAGACUGGGGGAUCGCGCCGCCUGAGAACAAAAAGCAGACAGCCGCCGUCACCGUGAAGGUCUAUUUCCCUCAAGAUCUUAUCACAGCGCAAACAUGACCGUCACAAAACCAACUUGGAAGGCUGCAGCAGAAGCUAAGCGUCAAGCUGUCCUCGAUCUGAUUCCGGAGAAGUGGAGGAUUAAGGAACCAAUCCCUUCCCCGUUGGAACUUCGAGACGUGACCGCCGGUUAUAUUCAACAGUUCCUCAAUGCUCGCGAACUCGAGAUUACUGAAACUGACGCUGCUGGCAUCGUGGAGCGCACAACAUCAGGGCAAUGGACUGCUGUUGAGGUCACUGAAGCUUUCUGCCACAGGGCUGCACUUGCUCACCAGCUCGUCAAUUGUCUCCAUGAGAUCUUCUUUGAUGCAGCAAUCGAAGAUGCUAAGAAGCUAGACGCUUAUUUUUCCGAACAUAAGAAGGCGGUGGGCCCGCUACACGGCCUCCCAGUCAGCCUGAAGGACCAGUUCCACGUCAAUGGCGUCGAGACCACAAUGGGAUAUGUCGGUUGGAUAGGAACCUUCCAGGGCAAGAAAGAUGACUCCCGACGGGGUGCCUUCGAAAGCGAGCUUGUUAGAGAACUUCGCGCCUGUGGCGCUGUCUUGUAUUGCAAGACCAGCGUGCCGACCACAUUGAUGGCAGGAGAGACCGCAAACCAUAUCAUUGAGUACACUUGGAACCCGAAAAAUCGCUUCUUGUCCUGUGGAGGAAGCUCUGGAGGCGAGGGUGCCCUUAUUGCUUUGAAAGGAUCACCCGGUGGCUUUGGCACCGACAUCGGGGGAAGCGUCCGCAUUCCAGCUGCUUACAAUGGUCUCUAUGGCUUGCGGCCUUCAUCUGGAAGGGUUCCAUAUGAAGGUGCUGCAAAUUCUAUGGAUGGCCAAAGCACCAUCCUGUCUGUCAUCGGACCACUAGCGGCAACAGCUCCCGAUCUGAAAUUGCUUUUCAAAGCCGUCCUGAGCCAGCAGCCGUGGUAUCAUGAUCCUCUUGCAGUGGAGUUACCGUGGCGGGAUGAUGUGGAAAAGGAGACGUUGGCACUGAUCAAGGAGUCUGCUACCAACCCGGAAAGACUUGCUUUUGCUAUCAUGCGCAAUGAUGGCACUGUUCGGCCACACCCACCAGUCGCAAGGGGAAUCGAGAUCAUUGUGCAGACGCUGACCAGGCUUGGACAUAAGGUCAUCGACUGGAACCCACCGUCUCAUACUGAGGCCUAUGAUAUUGCAAGCCGGACGUAUUCAAUGGAUGGCGGUGCCGACGUUACCGAGCAUUUUGCACUAUCUGGCGAAGAGCCUGUUGAGCAGAUUAUAUUAGAGACAGGUCUGCCGCAGAAGACGGCCUCGGAAAUUGCAGCCCUCAACAUCGCAAAGCGGGAAUGGCAGAAGAAAUAUAUGGACUACUGGAACAGCACUGCCAAGCUGACCGGAACCGGGCGUCCUGUCGACGGCGUCUUCGUCCCGCCUGCUCCUCAUGCCGCUGUGAUACCCCAGAAGAGUGCACCUGUGGGCUAUACGUCGUUUCUAAAUGUCCUUGACUACUCAACCGUCGUGAUUCCCGUUACCCGUGCGGACAAGGCAGUUGAUGUGCCAUACACCGGUGAUGCUUUCUUCGGAGAGACCGACAAGAAGGUCCAGGCAGAGUACGAUGCUGAGAUCUACGACGGAGCUCCUGUUUCAGUGCAAUUGUUUGGAAGACGAUUCCAAGAGGAAAAGAUGUUGACUCUGGCAGAGUACAUUGGUGCAGAGGUUGCCAAGCAGAGCAAUACCAAGUGAGGCCCUUUACUUACACGUCGACACAGUCGCGACAGGAUCCCUAGAGAUCUCGUGUGUCCGACGCUACACGGAUAAAUCAUAGAUACUGUAUAAGAGGAAUACAUCGAAUACAUCCGUAUCCUGGCGCUCUUGUAUUUCGAGCUUGGCAAACAAAAAGUCAAAAGGAUGUACUUAGUCGCUCCCUUGUAGUACUCUUUCCCCGCCCAACUUGGAGGAUCUGCAUAUAGAGACCAUCCCCGCUGCGUGGCGGAGAUAAUCCCAACAGAGCUCGUCGUUGCUUAAUCUCUUGCAACGAAGCAGCUUCAAGGAAGCCCCCGAUGACAAACGGGCGACAGCGCCAGAU